UCGAGUUAGUUCUAUUAGCCUACUGACUGUUUAACACAAGGCAUUCACAAUUCGAGAAAAUGCCUCCAGAAGGGAAAUCUGACAUGGAGCGGAUUGGCAUCUUUAAAGAGUUGGGAUACAUCUCAAUAGGGGACAAAUAUACACCUUUUAUUUACCGCCCAUUUAAUGACUCCGCAUACAAGAACAAACAGAUGCUACCAGGAGGAGUUAAAUCAAAGUCCGCACUUCAGACUGGAUACUUCGACGCACAGUUUAAGAGGAUCUUUGAGAGAGAGGCGCUCACAGACCCUGUCAAAAUAGCCAGACAAUACAAGAUACAACAGGCCAAAAAGAACAUAGGCAAAGCCUUUCUUCCCAGUAAUGGAGAAAAAAAAACAUGUGGGAUGGGCAGCUAUUAUGGGACAAUUGGGGGUCCCAUUCAAGCAAUGAGUGCCCUACAGAUUCCAAGGAAACCAAAAAAAUCAGCUGGGAAAAACUUCUACACCAAUCCACCGAAGAAGGGAAGUUCUGGCUAUCCUGACAUCACUCUCUCCAAGAUGGUGUCCUAUUCCUCAGACCCCUAUGAUCGAGCCAAGGAAAUGCUAAAGCGUGAGAUCAUGUCACACAAAUCCAUGCUGAAAGGGGGAGCGUUUCGUUUGAACCUUCAUCCAAAUGAAUGCUUUGACAGCAAUCCUUUCAAAUUUGACAAACCUCUACCACCUCCAAAGAAGACUGAUGGGAAAAAGCACUUUAUGGUGCCCUUCAAACCAAGUUCACCCAGUAAAAAGAAUGGAGGCAUGAAAGCUGGAACAUUUGACUCCUACCCCAGCUACUCUGCAGAACCCUAUGGCAGCAAAAAGACUAAAUCAGCGAUGACGAAUAAGGAAGGAAAGAUAUUUCACCCCUCCCCUGGUCCAAAGAGUACACCUGUCAAGAGCAUCAUCAGCCUCAAUGUCAAAAAGGCUGUGAAUGCCACAAACUACAAUCAAAUCCACUCAGUUACGGCAUAUUGAGAACUUGUGAUGUCUUCAGGUGAUCAUCAAGGAUAACUGAGGAAAUGACAGAAUUAUCAUUUGUGAGUGAACUGUGCCAUUAAGUUCAUUUAAAAUCACCAGAAUUGAAGAAAGUAAAUGCAGCAUAAGGAAUAUUCAUAGAAAUGUUGGUAUUCAGCUGAACAAAAAGUAAAAAAAAGAGUUUUGUACUGGGAAA